CAAGGGUCACUGAUUGUCCUGAAUCCAGAUGCACGCAGACCACAACAUGGAGGUGAAACUCUCCAACAGAAAUGUUUGGAAAUGUUUAGGUGCAGAUAGAGCUCCAUGCAGGUGUCACAUUAAAACAGGAUUCUUUCUGCUACUUACAUUAGUGUUCUUAGUGACUGCCAUUACUUACGUCUCUGAAUUCUCUUUCAAUGCUGUGUUCCCUGACACCUUGUCUAAAAAAGUGCUGAAUCAGAUACGCUCCUACUAUGUGGCGACUGAAUACCUGUCUGCCAGAGAAAAUCAAACAACAUUUUUAGCAACCAACAGUGUCCAACAGAGUCCUACACAAACCACAAACUUGUCUGUGAAUCAUCAUGUGGCUCAUCCAAGCAACUAUCAUUUCAUCCUGGAUGAACCUGAUAAAUGUAGUCAGUGGGAUCCGUUCUUGGUCUUGAUGGUCCCUGUGGCCCCCCAUCAGCUGGAGGCUCGUAACGCCAUCCGCAGCACAUGGGGGAAUGAGAGCUCAGUGCAGGGAAAAGCAGUGCUGACUCUGUUCUUGGUGGGUUUGACUGGAGGAUCUGAAGCUCAACAGAAGCUGGAGGAAGAGAGUCGACAACACAGAGAUUUACUGCAGAGCAACUUUGUGGACUCCUACUUCAAUCUGACCAUAAAGACCAUGGUGAUCAUGAACUGGCUGGCCACUCGUUGCCCUCAAGCAGCUUAUGCUAUGAAGGUUGAUUCUGAUAUGUACAUAAACCUGGAGAACCUGAUGAGUCUGCUGUUGUCACCAAACACACCCAGACAGAACUACAUCACAGGGUAUUUGAUGAGGAACCGGUCUGUUAUCAGAAACAAAAAAUCUAAAUGGUACGUGGCAGAGGAAUUGUACCCUGAACCGAAAUACCCCACGUACCUGCUGGGAAUGGCAUAUCUUUUCUCCAAUGACCUGCCAGAAAAAAUUGUUGAGGCUUCCAAGGAAGUAAAGGCCUUUAACAUAGAAGAUGCAUAUGUGGGUGCUUGUCUGAAACAGUUGGGCAUUGUACCCUCAUCUCCCCCAGACCCUUCUCAAUUUAAAGCCUAUAUGGGGAAAUAUAAGCGAGAGAAUUUUAUCAGAGUUAUCACAACAAUCCUGGGAUCCCCACAGCAGCUAAAAGACAUUUGGAAGGAUGUAAAGAGGCCCUCAUAAAACAAAUCAGAAUGGAAUAAAUU